UCUCUCUCUCUCUCCCUCUCUCUAUCUUUCUCGAUGAGUGGAGAAAUUCCUUUUUGGCCUCUCUGUCGUCAAACCCUAAUAAGGGAAAGGAGCCGCUUUCCUCGAGAUAAAAGGGUUGCCCUAGUGAUUGAAGGUUUGUGUCCUUGUGGUCUGAUUGAUUCUGAUAUUGUGUGGAGGAGAUAGUUCAAAAAAAAAAGGGAGCAAUUUAACGAAAUCGUGUUUGGGAAAUAGGUUGGAGCAACUUCAUAGGAGAGAGUCACAAUGAUGAGGCAGGUAUCCAGUAGGAACCAGAGGAGCAAGGGAUUCAGGGUAAAAAAUGCUCUUCAGUUGUGCCUCUUGGCUGCUGUUUGUUUCUGGUUGCUCUACCAGUUGAAGCAUUCUUAUGAUAAGAAAAGGGCAUUAGAGGAUAAGAACUUAGACACUUGGGACAAGUUAGUCGAGAACCAGUCGGAGUUCAAAUUAGGCAGGAAGGAUCCCCCUCAUGGUGAGGAGAACGUUUCUAGGAAUGAGAACCAUGACAAGGACGAAGAAAAUGAAGAAGUUGAAGAAGAAGAACAAGAUCAGGAAACCAGACAAGCUUUGGAAGAUGACGAAGCCAGAGGAGAUGGAGAUGAUGAGAUAGAUGAGCAAGAUCGAGAGAGAAGUGAUGAGCAAGAGGAUCAAGAGAGAGCUGAUGAGGAGACUGAGAUUGGAGAAGAAUUAACCAAUGAAGAAGACAAGGAUGGUCAGGGUGAGGAAACAGAACAGUUGGAUGAACAAGACCCUGAAGAGGAUUCUUCUCACAAGGCACGUGAAGAAAGUUAUAGAAGAGAUGAUGUAUCCAGUGCUGUACGCCGAGAAAGUCGAGCAAAAAAUUCUGAAGAUGAAGAUGGCGAUGUAGCUGAGAAAAUAAUGGAAACCACGGAGGGGAAAGAUGUGGAUGCAGAUGAUAUGGCUGAUGGUGCAGAUGAUGGUUCCAAGGGUAACAGUCACUCGAGUGUUGGUGCAGCAGAUGUUUCCAAGGAUAAUGUUACAGGUACUGUUUUGGUGGGGAAUGAGACCAGGUGGAAUGAUCAUCCAUCCAUCAAUGAUGCAGUUAUUGAGAAAAAAGGAUCAGAGGUUGGAUUAAAUAAUUCAGAGGGGUUUCUCACCAGCAAUCAGAUAGAAUCGUGGGUCAACUCUACGACGGCAUCUGUAACUAACAAUCAUGUUGAAGCGCAGGCCAAUUCAACAACAGCUGCAUCAAUCUAUCAGAAAAUAGAAACGCAGACUAACUCAACAAUGGUUGAUGCUGUAGCUAACAGUGUGCCUCUCCAGAAUGAAACCAUUAGCAGGGACUCAGUUCAAAGUCACAACAUUACAGUUGAGAUGGAAGCUUCCAAGGAAGAUAAGAUCAACUUGAAAAAUGUGGUGACAGAAGGGCAGGCUGAGAGGUUUAACACAACUGUUGGGCAAGAGAAUGCUGGAGAGCGCUCCUCUGUAUCCUUGGGUGCAAAUGCCAAUGUAGAUGCAAUUCAGGGUGAAUCCACUGAUUCGUCACAUAAAAUGGUCAUGAAAGAAGGGAGAGAUGCUCAUAUAGGUCUACAGACCUUACCUGACAUGCGAAAUGAAGCAAAGAGCAUGGGAGAUGAAGCUGCAGAGUGAUGAUGAUCUCAGGAUGUGAAAGGUUUGGAUACAUGCAAAGCAUACCCAUUACCGAGAAGCAUAGAUGGUAGGAUCUGAAAUGUUAAUGAAAGAGUUGCUUUACAUACAUAAAGAACUAAGGGCUGACUUUUUUUGGGGUGCUUAUUUCAUCUCCU